AUGCGCGCGCGUGCGUGUGUGUCCGUGUGUGUGUGUGUGUGUGUGUGUGUGUGUAAGGUGCUUAAACGACAUACUCAAGCAGCGGAUCUGGAGCGGGAUCAGUCAGAUUAACAAGCAGAGAGCAGAUUUACAAGAGUCAGACAGCUUAAAUGUAUAAAUUAAUAUGGAUGAAAUGUGAAUGAAAGAAAUACAUUUGGACACCACGGAGCAACUCCUUAUUAGAAAAGAAAUGAAAGGAUUUAAAGUUCUCUUUCUUGUACACAUAUAAAGUGUUGUAGGUAAUGCAAAAAAAUGAUGUUGAUAUUUUGAAGCAAUAAUAAAAGUUCUCAAAAAU